AUGCGUCCUACCAACACGAUCUACCUCGCCUGUGCUUUAGCAAUCGGAGCGCAGGCACUUGUUGCACGUCCCCGUGCGGAGGCCGACGAGGCCUGGAAGAUCUCCAAGCGCGGUGAGGCCGACGAGGCCGGGGAGAUCAGGCAUAGUCGUCUGAACUGA